ACAGGUGCGUGACAGUCGGGAGCUUCUCCGCAGGCAUGUACGGCAAAGGCAAGAGCAACAGCAGCGUCCCGUCCGACAGCCAGGCCCGCGAGAAAUUAGCACUGUAUGUAUAUGAAUAUCUGCUCCAUGUAGGAGCACAGAAAUCAGCCCAGACAUUUUUAUCAGAGAUAAGAUGGGAAAAAAACAUCACACUGGGGGAGCCCCCAGGAUUCUUGCAUUCCUGGUGGUGUGUGUUCUGGGAUCUCUACUGUGCAGCUCCAGAAAGACGAGAAACAUGUGAACACUCGAGUGAAGCAAAAGCCUUUCAUGACUACAGUGCUGCAGCAGCUCCCAGCCCAGUGCUAGGAAACAUUCCCCCAGGAGAUGGCAUGCCAGUAGGUCCAGUACCACCGGGGUUUUUUCAGCCUUUCAUGUCCCCCCGCUACCCUGGAGGUCCAAGGCCACCUCUCAGAAUACCCAACCAGGCCCUCGGAGGUGUCCCAGGGAGUCAGCCCCUCCUGCCCAGCGGGAUGGACCCCACACGGCAGCAGGGUCAUCCAAACAUGGGUGGGCCAAUGCAGAGGAUGACUCCUCCAAGGGGAAUGGUGCCAUUAGGACCACAGUCUGACCCUUGGUUGUCGUUGCAGAACUAUGGAGGUGCCAUGCGACCCCCUCUGAACGCUUUAGGUGGCCCGGGGAUGCCUGGGAUGAACAUGGGUCCUGGUGGUGGUAGACCUUGGCCAAACCCAACCAAUGCCAAUUCUAUACCUUACUCCUCAGCCUCUCCUGGGAACUACGUGGGUCCUCCAGGAGGUGGAGGGCCACCAGGAACACCCAUCAUGCCUAGUCCUGCAGAUUCAACCAACUCUGGAGACAACAUGUACACUUUAAUGAAUGCUGUGCCACCUGGGCCCAACAGACCUAAUUUUCCACUGGGGCCAGGCUCAGAUGGACCCAUGAGCGGACUGGGUGGAAUGGACUCACACCAUAUGAAUGGAUCAUUAGGCUCAGGAGACAUGGAUAGUAUUUCCAAAAACUCUCCCAGUAAUAUGAGCAUGAGCAACCAGCCUGGCACUCCCAGAGAUGACAGUGAGAUGGGUGGAAACUUCCUAAACCCUUUCCAGAGUGAGAGUUACUCCCCUAGCAUGACAAUGAGUGUGUGACCCGUUCACAAGUGUCGCCAUGAAGACCACAGUGAGUUGGCCCUCUCCAGAGAGCUACUGCAGAAGAAAAUUAUUCGUCCCAGUGUACAGUUUAACUAAAGGAUCUCAGACACAAUCAGACCCACCCGUUUUGUUUUAUUUUUUCCCUACCAUCUCCCCAUUUUGUCAAGAAAGUGGGUCCCAAACAUGCUUGAGACAGCUGUAAGGAGUGGCAUGCGAGAAGUGCCCGAGGUGGAGCUGCCAGCGCCUGUCUGUGUGUGUACAUGUGUGGGUCAGCGUGGGGUGUGUGUGUGUGACACUUCAAACACACACACACAGACCCCAGGACACUGUAAAAUAGGAUCACAUGACAUCUUACCUAGAAAUCAGAAGUAGGGACUUUUAUUCCAUUUCCUUUUUUUUUUUUUUUUCACGUUUACAUUUUAAUUAUUAAAAUUUGCUUUCCGUCUCCCCUCCUGAACUGUUUUAUGUUGCAUAUAUCACUGCUUUAUAAGUUAUUUUUUAAGUUGAACUCAAAGGAUAAAUUCUUUUGAUUUAGUUAGCGUCUGCCAUCAUGGAUAGGAAUAAAAUUGCUUAUACGAGCUUUCAUUACCUUGUGUUUGAUACCAGCUACCCUGUGAAUCACAAAUUGUACUGUCUCAAGAAAUAGAAGAAAGCUCAUCUUAAUUUUUUGGAGAAAUUUAAUAACUUCCACCUAGUUUGGGGAUUUUUUUUGAUACUUUGCCUUUAAGAGGAAAAAAAAAGCACUGAAGGUUAUUUUUCUUCUUUAAUUGAAGCCUAAUAUCUGCAAUAUCUAUUUUAAAUGGAAGCCUGCAUUUGAUACAAGCUUCUCAGUUUAUAUAGAGUACUAUAAGGUUACUGUAAGUGAGCUCCAAUUGCUAUAGAAUCUAGCAAUAAAGUGUCAGGGCUUCUCCUGCCCAUGGAAUUGAGUUUUCUAUUUAGCAUGGUCUUCUGUAGGGGUGGUAGUUAGUGGAAAUACAAUAGAGUCCUUAUCACCAAAACAUUUUCUAACAACUUACAAUUAUAUUUUCCCAUUUUCAGUGAUUCUCAAACAAAUAUGAGCAAUCUGUGUUCCUAAUUAUAAAAAGUAUUUCCCAAGCACAUUUAGAAAAUCAGGUCACCCUGCUGCUUGGGUGUGUGUUUUCUGCCAUAUCUGCCAGAAUUGAUUCCCACAAAACCUUCCAGUUGGGAGCAUUUCUUUUUGUGUGUGUUUUUUUUUCUUUUUUUUUUUUUUUUUUUGUUUGGUUUGGGCUUUUUUUUUUUUUGAGCCAAAAUGCCACAGUAAACUUUUUAUGACUACUAGCCUUUGUGUGAGGAUGUUACCUUGUGCCAUGAACACAAGAUGAACAAAGGUCUGGGCCCUUUUAUAAGGAAACAGUUAGAUAUUAAAGCUGGGGACAGAGUACAGAAAAAGGCCUAAAGGAAACACUUCUGGAAGCAUUCCCAUUUCUCUUCAGGCAUAGCUCUGAAACCAAGAUUAUGGUACAUUUUCUUAGUUCCUGAUGAUUUUCAGCUCCCCAGAGAAAACAAAGGGUUUCAGUGUGUAGUGAUACAAAGGCUGAUGAUCAGCAAUGCAAGCACAAAGUGGCUCAGCAGAAAUUCGUGCCACAGACAAACAGCAAAUUCCUCUCCUUGAACUUAAAUCCAGAAGAGCCACUUGCAGAGGAGGAGCAGUUCUGGGAUGUGGUAUAUCCAUGUGCAGGGAGAUUUUCUUUCAUGAACUUGUGAUAAAGGAAUAUCACCCAUAUGUGAUGGGCUUGUGAUGGUAGCUGAACAUAACAGGAUAUGUAAGGAAAACCACAGUCUCCUACCUCAUUUUUAUUUCCAUAUAUGAUAUGUGUAUAAUAUAUGGAAAUAAAAAUAUUUUACACUUUGCUCUCCUGUUAGUGCUAUUCAAAGAUAAAAGUCUCAGAGGAUUAAAAUUAUGUUGAAGUAUCAAAGAUUUUGGUAGCAUUACUUUUUAGUAAUAACUACUUGAUUAGAUGCAAACAUGACCUAGAUAGUCAUUAUUAUGGUUUUG